AUGGCGCCAGCCGACUCUCCUCCGUGUCCUAGUGGCUCCAACUCGAGCUCGAAUUCUCGACGCUCGAGCUGGGCUGCUUUACUGCAAAAGUACGAAGACGCGAUGGAAUAUUGCGACGACGACGCCAUGUCUGAUGAUGAGCAACCUGAGAUUGCCACAAAAAUGUCCCAGCUUGGUCUUGGAGAAACUAGUGUACCUGCGACUGGAGGAAGAGUCAAUGACCCUGAGCUUCAGACUAUCGUUGAAACCAUGUCUCUGGAGACCGCCAUCAAGGUGCCUCAAAUCACUAUUGAUAACAACAUUGUCCCAGUAUCAGACUCGGGGAGCCCUGAACAACUCAAAGCACAAGGCCCAUUCCACAAAUGGAUGCGAACGAUACAUCGCCGAGCUCGGCAUCGAUCCACGCUGUCAGAAGGAAGCAUUACUUCUCUGCGCCCGCCACUUGAGCCAGAACUUCACGGCCGCACAUCAACCUGGAAGAGAUCACAUCAUCGACAAUCGUCCUCUGGGUCUUCGUUUGCCUUUGUUUCGGCGGUUCGGAGUGCUAGUGCCAGUCUCGCCAGUGUAAGCGCUGUGGCACGAUCACGAAAGACUAUUGCACGCUCGCAGGGCUUUUCUGUAACGGAACGUAGCAGCAGGGCCUCCAUGACAGGACCUCGUGCGUCGGAAGACAGUAGCUUCUUGGAGAGCCACUCUUUAGCUGAUCUGGCUGCUAUCGAGAGAUCAUUACAGCGACGAAAAGUACUAGAAGAGCUUAUCAGUACAGAGGAGGGGUACAUUGGGGAUAUACGAUUUCUCAUGAAUGUAUAUGUCACAAUUCUAGCGGCAUUGCCCUCUAUUUGCGUUGGAUUACGGUCAUCCAUUAACCAGAACUUGACCAAGAUUGUCAACUUACACGAGGAACUACUAGGAGAACUGCACAGGGCAGUUCCCAACUCCGAAUACACGCAAAUCAACGUAUCACCUACGAUCACUCCAUUUGCCAAUCCCAACUGUCUUCAUGCCCAUAGCCACAAACGUUGGUCAAGUCUCGGCGCAGUGCCCGAACAAAAUAUGAAAGCAAGGUGGCUCUUGAAAGCCCCGGGUAUGCUGGCCGAUCCGCAAGUGGCAGCAGAGGUUGCAAAAGUUUUUGCAAAAAAGAUAAAUAUGCUCUUCGUAUAUGAAGAGUAUGGGGCGACAUAUGAAAUGAUGAUCAAAGACAUCGGUACAGCCCAGCAAGCCAUGCCAAACUGGGAGACGUAUCAAAAAGGCCUCGAGGCCUUGGCUAUGGCACUGGGAUCAUCCAAGGGUAGCGAAGAAGGGGCCAAAAAGGCCCUUACAAUCAAUGAUCUCCUUGUCAAGCCUAUACAAAGAAUCUGCAAAUAUCCUCUACUAUUCUCUGAGCUCCUCAAGUGCACUCCAAUAUCAGACUGUCCGAACUCACAUAUGGAGAUUGAAAACACCCUGACACGGCUUCGUGAAGCAACCACGGAGAUCAACCGGGCAUCAGAUGAUGAGGGGAUAAAGUCUAUUCUCGAGAAAACAUGGAUCCUCCAGGAUCGAUUAGCCUUUCCAGAUAGAGAAUACAAUGCCACACUGCGCCAUUUUCUUGGAAGUUGCUUGCACGCCGAAAGAAGAAAUGGAGUGGAAGUCAAGAUUGGCUCGGCCGGCGAGAGAAGACCAAGAGCCGACUUGGGAACCGUUUUUGGAAAGCCAGGAACGCUUGCCCGAAGGAUAUCAAUACAAAGAGCCACCACUGUUGGAGGGGGCAGGGCGCCCCUAUGCCAAGUCAUCUUGAAAAAUACAAAUGUGCUGCGGGAUCACGGCAACAACUCGUCUUCUACCAUGGCUAUCAAUCGCUCACAUUCUUUGUUGACAACUGCUACCCGGAUACCGGUCCUUGCGCCGCCAAGAGGUGAAAGAGCUCGGCUAGAGGCGCUCUUGUCAGAUGUCUGGAGCAGAGAAGUCCUCCCGUUUCCUAGAAUGACGGUGAAGUCUCGAGGUGAAAAUUUGAUGCGAAGCUCAGCAUCUACGGUUAUCAGAAAGCUUAGCGUGGCCAGCUUUGCAAGCUCCUUUACAAAGAGGUCGGCCUCUUCAACGCAGAAGAACCAGCCCGGCGAAAAUAUCGCCACGGAAACGACCAAGCGUCGAGACGUCAAAAGUCCAAAGGAGCCGCCUUUGUAUGACGACGUUAGUCUAAGGGAAGAGGCAGGUAGAAAAGCGAAAAGGCAGCGAACUACAAAGGAGCAAGCUGCAGCACCAGCACCAGCACCAGCGCGCAGCAUGAAGAGAGCGACUGGAAGCGUUCGGCGGCGCGAAGGUCGAGAAAAUAAGAUUCUCAGCGACAUGCAUCAUACCCCUACUCGUAUGGCAUCCGCGACUAUUUCCCUGCCCGUGAAGCCGACCAACUUGAGGGCCACGACGUCUCUUCCUGGUGACAUGGAUAAUACAAGAAAAUCGUCUACGGAAAAGAUUCGAAAUCUGGGCUUAUGGUCCAAAAUCGGCGGAGCGAGGAAUGACACACCAAGCAGCUUCAAAAGGCUGCUCACAAUUGGCAGGGAUUAA